UACCUCAGCACCAUGUGUUGCUUUGGCCAUAACCAAUUCUUCUCUGUCUCAUCAUUGAUCUCAAUUCGUUACUGACCUUCUGGCCGAACUAUUGCUUUUUUUUUCGAUGAAGGGUAGCGGAGCGAGGAGCAAAAACUCGUCCAGAAGGACAUUAUCUGUCACGUUUGAUCGUGAAUCUGAUAAUUUGUUUCCAGUACAUGCAGAUCAGCACGGAGCCUGCAGCCAUGAAACUAUGGAUGCUGCCAGUGAUCAAGAUCAGAAAGCAAAAUACAGUGGGAAGACCUCCGUCCCUGCCACUCCUAGAUGCACGAGUCCAGGAUAUUUGGAACGAGCUGAUCAGAUUCUGUCAUACCCGAACGCUUUGAAUAGCGAAUUUCUGUCGACGUUAAUCUCCAAAGAGUUUUUCAAGAGGCAUUUUCCGGACUCACGCUACGAGUACGAAGCUCUUAUGGAUGCAGCCCACUCGUACCCCAAGCCUCGCUUUGGUCUACCGAUCGAUGUGGCUCGGAUGAAACGAGAAAUUGCAGCCUUUCUUGCUCACAUCGACCAUGCAACGAACGGACUAUCCAACAUCGACAAUGAUACCCCAAAAAUCCCCCAUUGUAAGACCAGCAUCGAGUACCCCUGCGUCAAGGGAGCGAGUUAUCACCCUCGUGGACCAAUGAAGAUGUGCUGGAAUUACAACUAUGGGCAAUGUGGUGUGGCAAUCGGAGAAAAUCUACUCAAGUAUCCCGAGAGAGUGGCAGAAGAUCCCAUCGUUGCUUUCAAGUCAGCUUUGUGGUUCUGGUGCACUGAGCAGUGGAACAAGCCAUCUUGUCACGAAGUCAUGCUGGGAUUGUGGGAGCCAACAGAAGAUGAUAUUGCUGCGCAGCGACUUCCUGGUUUUGGAUUGACAACCAACAUCAUCAAUGGUGGACAGGAAUGUGGACAAUCUUCAGUAGAGGCUGAUUCACGUUUGAGAAGAUACCAGAAAUUUUGCACAGCUUUCAGCGUUGAACCUGGACAGAAUCUGAGCACCCGCAACCAAACGCCCUUUGCGUAGAAUUGCAGAUUUUGAGACGCCAUAGCUGCUAUAUAACCAGCCAGCCAUUUCUGCUUGGAAGGAUUUUCUUUGAUCCCAUGCUACAACUGCAGGAAGUAUCAAAAUGCCCCUGCAAUAUCAGCAAUGAAUAAGUUGUGGCAGUUGAGGUUAAACGAAGAUCUGUAAAUCAAAAGCUAAGAAGCGAAACUUUAAACAAAGGCUCCCUAAGAAACUACUGAAGAAGGCAACAUAAACUUCAGCUUUUGACACGGUGCUCAUCAGAGAGGAUACACUCUAAUUUUACCAUAUCAGGGGCUAAAAUUUUGAAAUGCUGUUUAGCGUGGAAUGCACGUGAAGCCCAUUGACUGAAGAAGAGUGAUAUUCCUUCGGAACGAAGGAAUAUCACUUUGAAGAAACAGAUUGUUGACUCUUAUGAGUACCAAUUAAACCUCAAGAAAUUCCAAACGUAAAUGCGUUGUGGACGUUCGAUCAGACUCGCGUAAAAUAAUCCCAGCAAUUACACGCUACCGAAAGGCUAAUGUUCUUAUGUUUCAAUUAGAGAUGUUAAUCACCUUUAAAACUCAAUAUGUUUCAAGUUCUAAACUUGCUAAACCCACAUAGACAAAGCAAGUGAUUUUCGA